CAGUGGAGUGCGACGUUGCUUCCGGUUCCACUUCCAAACCCCAGGCGCAUGCAGCUCAUCUAUUUAUGGCCAUGGAAAUCGCAGGUGCAGCUCAACUCAGCUAGCUCGGACCGGCCGAGUCGGAGCUCGUGACGGUUUGUGGCGAUGGAGAAGCUGCUGUCCUCGGCGGUGGCGUCUCACGAUCACGAGACGGUCCCGGGGCGGUUCCCGUUCCUCCUACCGCCGGCGCCACCCGUGCCCGUGUCGCUGCCCGUCAUCGACCUCUCGGGCGGCCGCGACGAGGUCCGCCGGGCCGUGCUCCGCGCCGGCAAGGAGUUCGGCUUCUUCCAGGUGGUCAACCACGGGGUGCCGGAGCGGACCAUGCGUGAACUGGGGACGGCGUGCGGCGAGUUCUUCCGCCUUCCCGCGGCGGACAAGGCGGCCUUGUACUCGGAGUCGGAGGACACGGAGCGAACCAACCGGCUCUUCUCCAGUACCAUGUGCGUGUCCGGCGGCCAGACCUACUGGCGCCACUGUCUCCGCCUCGCCUGCCACCCCGUGGAGAGCACCAAGCCCGGCUGGCCCGAGAAGCCGGCCGCUUUCCGGCCCGCCCUCGAGGACUUCAUCGUCCCGGCCCGCAGCGUCGGCAUGGAGCUCCUCCGCCUCCUCUGCGAGGGGAUCGGGCUCCCGCCGGACUACUUCGAGGGCGACCUGAGCGGCGGCGAGGUGAUCCUCAACGCCAACCACUACCCGGCGUGCCCCGACCCGGGCGUCACCCUCGGCCUGCCGCCGCACUGCGACAGGAACCUCAUCACCGUGCUGCUCCAGCCCGGGUACGUGUGCGGCCUCCAGGUGUCGUACAACGGCGGGUGGAUCGACGUCGAGCCCAUCCCGGAGGCGCUCGUCAUCAACUGCGGCCAGCAGCUGGAGAUCGCCACCAACGGGCUGCUCCGGAGCGUGGAGCACCGGGCCGUGGCCAACGUCGCCGUGGGGAGGACGUCGGUGGCGGCCUUCAUCAUGCCAACCAUGGACUGCGUGGUGGGGCCCGCCAAGGAGCUCGUCGGAGAGGGCAGCCCGGCGAGGUACGGGAGCGUCGCGUUCCGCGACUUCAUGCGCAGCUACAAGCUCUGAGAUCCAUCGAGGGGAGGAGAGGAGAUGGGUACAGAUGGUGAUUGGGAUUGACUGAAUCGAUAUAAACGUGCUAUUAGCCUGUUACUUGUUUGAUUAACUACUGCUCCCUCCUUCCCAUAAUGUAAGACAGAGGGAGUGUAUUUGCAAAUUCAUCGCACAUUUAUAUG